GGUGUGGAUGUGCCUGCGCCUGACAUGAGCACCGGUGAACGGGAGAUGUCGUGGAUUGCCGACACCUACGCUAAUACCAUAGGACACUACGACAUCAACGCCCAUGCCUGUGUGACGGGGAAACCCAUCAGCCAGGGCGGCAUCCACGGCCGCAUCUCUGCCACGGGCCGUGGCGUCUUUCACGGGAUCGAGAACUUCAUCAAUGAAGCGUCGUACAUGAGCCUCUUGGGGAUGACUCCAGGAUUUGGAGACAAGACGUUUGCUAUCCAGGGAUUUGGCAACGUUGGUUUGCAUUCUAUGAGAUACCUUCAUCGCUAUGGAGCAAAAUGUGUAGCUAUUGGAGAAAAAGACGGCGCGAUCUGGAAUCCCGAUGGUCUUGACCCGAAGGAGUUGGAAGAUUAUAAGCUGCAACACGGAUCCAUUCUCACCUAUCCAAAAGCCCAGACUCUCGACUGCCAUAUUCUUGAAACCGAUUGUGACAUCCUCAUCCCAGCGGCCAGCGAGAAACAGUUGACAAAAGCCAACGCUCAGAAAGUCAGAGCAAAAAUCAUUGCCGAAGGUGCGAAUGGACCCACAACCCCUGAGGCAGAUAAGAUAUUCUUGGAACGGAACAUCAUGGUUAUUCCAGACCUUUAUUUAAAUGCCGGUGGUGUGACUGUAUCUUACUUCGAGUGGUUGAAGAACCUGAACCACGUCAGCUACGGCCGCUUGACCUUCAAGUACGAAAGGGACUCAAACUACCAUCUACUAAUGUCAGUUCAGGAAAGCUUGGAAAGGAAGUUUGGGAAACACGGGGGAAGUAUUCCGGUUGUGCCCACUGCGGAAUUCCAGGAUAGAAUAUCUGGCGCCUCGGAGAAAGACAUCGUGCAUUCGGGCUUGGCCUACACCAUGGAGCGAUCCGCACGGCAAAUCAUGCGUACCGCCAUGAAGUACAAUCUCGGCCUGGACCUGAGAACAGCUGCCUACGUCAACGCGAUCGAGAAGGUCUUCAAAGUCUACAACGAAGCCGGUCUGACCUUCACAUAAACGGCUCCUCGGUCUCAGCCUGACACCCCCCGUGUUCUGAGUCCCGUUGGGAAAAAAAA